AUGGACGAGCACAACACUACAACUCGUCUUGUCUCUUUGAUGAGUUGUAGUGUGGUGCUAAGAAUGACAAUAUUCACCGACGAUGCCGACUACGAUGCUGGCGAAACGUCUGAGAAUGUCAACGGUCUGACUCUGGAAAUUAUCAUGCAUACUAUCGAUAUCGGACAAGGUGCGUUAAUCUAG